AUCAAACAAACCUCCACUUCCACUUCCACUUCUUCCUGUCAACACACACAACCAACCGUCACUGCAACCACACACAACCUCAAUCCACUCAAACAACAAGCUCAAACUCAUCAAACCCACACCGUCGUCAACAUGGGCAAGGUCAAGUACAUCCUCCUCGACUGCGACAACACCCUCUGCCAGUCCGAGCGUCUGGCCUUCGAGGCAUGUGCCGACCUCACCAACGAAGUGCUCAAGAAGUACAAUGUCGAUGCCACCUACACCACCGACAGCCUCCUCGAGGACUUUGUCGGCCACAACUUCCGCAACAUGCUCAUCGGCCUUCAGAAGAAGCACAACUUCUCCAUGCCACAGGAUGAAGUCGACAAGUACGUCGACAUGGAGCUCGGCCGUGUCACUGCCAAGCUCUCUGAGAAGUGUGUCGAGUGUCCUGGCGUCACCGAGCAGCUCGAGUGGGCCAAGGCUCAAGGCUACCCAAUGUCCGUCGUGUCGACUUCCGCCAAGCCACGCGUUGUUGCAUCUCUCGAGAAGUGCAACCUGAUGCGCUUCUUCUCGGAUGAGCUCGUCUUCUCUGCCGCCACUUCCAUGCCAGACGGCCCAUCAUCCAAGCCAGACCCCAAGAUCUACUUGUACGCCUGCAAGCAGCUCGGCGUCAAGCCAGAAGAGUGCCUCACCGUGGAGGACUCCAAGUCCGGUGCCACCGCUGGCAUGCGUGCUGGUAUUCCGCUGAUCGGCUACGUGGGCAUCUACGGUCUCGAGGACGGUGCCGAGAAGGAGAAGCAGAUGGAGAAGACGCUCACGGAGGUCACCAAGGCUGACUUCAUCAUGCACGACUGGAAGGAGUUCCCAGAGGCUGUGAAGCACAUCGAGUCGAAGCUCAACAACUGAGUGGAGGACAUGGAGUGACUGUUCUCUUGCGAGACAGCACUAUUUCUGAUUGCAUUGACUUGAGCGAACCUGCAGCCACGAGGCUCCAUCGAGUAGCGUACUCGAACCAGAAAGCGACGACAUAGACAAAGGAUUGAGCCAGGCGCUCGAUACUGUAAUGCGUAUCCC